UGUGGUGGGAUAGGGUUGCAGAUAAACCCAAACGUUAGCAGCCCAGAAUCUUACUGCCCAGAGACUCUCUUCCUGCAAGUGAAGCUCCAGCAAGGAGACAUCCAAGAGGACCGAGACCUCCAGAGCUGUUUCGGGGACAGGCUCGGCUGGUGGAGGCAGUGCCCUGGGUAGGCCUGCAUGGACAUCCCCAUCAGCAGCAGAGACUUCCGCUGCCUGCAGCUGGCCUGUGUGGCCCUCGGCCUCGUGGCUGGCAGCAUCAUCAUCGGCGUCUCCAUCUCCAAAGCUGCAGCUGCCGUGGGCGGGAUCUUUAUUGGCGCUGCUGGUCUGGGGAGCCUGAGAAUCCACCCCCAGCCAGGGGCUGACCAUGGGGAGGGAAGAUCCAGCACCAAUGGAAAUAAAGAGGGAGCCCGUAGCAGCCUGUCCACCGUGAGCAGAACCCUGGAGAAGCUGAAGGCUGGGGGCCGGGGGACUGGGGAGGGCUGA